AUGGAGAGCUUAGUGAUGCAUGAAAGAGGAGGAGAAGGGACGGUAGUGAUGAAAUCCGAGGGGUUGAAAGAGUUUCGAAAGGCGGCGCGUGAUCAAGAAGUCGAGGAGCGCGUGGAGAAAAAACAGAGGAGUGUGGUCCCGAGCGUGAGGAUGAGCAUGAGACACGCUCCGUCGCUUAAGCUAAAGAGUGGCAUAUGUUUAGAAUCCGCAACGCUCGUGAUCGUAAGGCCGAGCCAGGAAUAUUCUGACGUCGGAGAUGAUGAGCUGGCGACGGAGGCUUUCGCCGGGAGUUGUAUGUACGGUGAAGCGGUCGCGGCUUUGUUGAAGCGUAGUAAGAACACCGUGGAUAUGAACUCGUUUUGA